CACAACACUCAUUAUUGAUUUAUGAGUACCUUAAAAGUGGUAGCUUGGCCACAAUUUUGAGCAAUGAUGGAGGAGCUAAAGAAUUGGAUUGGAAUAAAAGGGUGAAUAUCAUCAAAAGUGUGGCUCAUGCAUUGUGUUACAUGCAUCAUGAUUGUUCACCACCAAUUGUUCACAGGGACAUAUCAAGCAAAAAUAUUUUGCUAGACUCCGAAUAUGUGGCUCAUGUUUCAGACUUUGGCAUAGCUAAACUUCUUAAUCAAGACUCAUCUAAUUGGGCUUCACUUGCCGGCACAUAUGGAUAUAUUGCACCAAAGCUUGCUUACAUGAUGAAGAUAACUGAGAAAUGCGAUGUUUAUAGCUUUGGAGUUUUGGCUAUUGAAGUGAUCAAGGGAAGGCAUCCCGGCGAUAUCAUCUCCACUCUAUCUACUUCAUUUGUGGAGGAGAGUUUAUUGUUGAGGGAUUUAUUAGACAUACGCCUUCCACCUACCACACUUGAGGUUGAGAAUCAGUUGAUACUCAUCAUAAAGCUGGCACUUACAUGCUUUCAUGCUAAUCCAGAUUCUAGACCAACUAUGCACAGGGUUUCUCAAGUGUUAUCAACUCCAAGUGUAAUAGUUUCCUAGAGCCAUCCACAGUCUCUAGAGGAGAAGUAAGUAUUUGAGUAGUAUGGAAUGCAUAUUCUUUCAAA